AUGAGUGGUUACGAUAGUGCUUUAUCCAUUUUUUCACCUGAUGGACAUGUUUUCCAGGUUGAAUAUGCUUCUGAAGCAGUUAAAAGAGGGACGUGUGCUGUUGGUGUUAAAGGUAAAGAAACAGUGGUAUUAGGGUGUGAGAAGAGAACAACAUUAAAAUUACAAGAUCCACGUAUCACGCCUUCGAAGAUAUGUAAGGUUGACAAUCACGUCUUGCUAGCAUUUGCUGGGUUAAAUGCAGACGCAAGAAUCUUGGUUGAUAAGGCCAGAGUUGAAGCCCAAUCGCAUAGAUUAACAUUGGAAGAUUCUGUGACUGUUGAAUAUUUAACCAAGUAUGUAGCAGGUGUUCAGCAAAAAUAUACCCAAUCGGGUGGUGUUAGACCAUUCGGAAUUGCCACCAUAAUUGCUGGUUUUGAUAGUAAUGACAAUGUCCCAAAAUUAUAUCAGACUGAACCAUCGGGAGUGUACAAUGCAUGGAAAGCUCAUGCCAUCGGUAGAUCAUCUAAAACUGUAAAGGAAUUCUUAGAGAAGCACUAUGAAGAAGACAUGAGUGAUGAGCAAACCAUUAAAUUGACAAUAAAGUCGUUAUUAGAAGUGGUUCAAACAGGAGCCAAAAAUAUCGAAGUGUCUGUUUUGAAAUCGGGUGACAGAAUUGAAAAAUUAUCUGUUGAUGAAAUUAAGAAGUACGUUGAUGAGAUUGAAGCCGAAAUUGAAGCGGAAGCACAAAAGAAGAAGCCAAAAUCUAGAGAUACGUAG